AUGUGGAUGUACUGUGUAGGCGUGGCCAGGAGAUGUCCGCCUCUUGAUGUUAACAAGGCAGGGCCCUUCGGAACAAGUGAGGAGUCGGGUGAUUUUUUCGAUAGAAUGAGAAGUGUACUUCAGAAACAAGAAAGCAUGCAGCGGUAUUGGAGGACCGAGGGUGUUUUAAAUAACAGCAUCCCUCCUCCACAUGAGAACACAGGGAAGCAUAGAGCAAUAGAAAAACUGACACCUUCCAAAAGAGAGCUGGAACUGCUGUAUGAAGAAAUAAUCUACACACUUGUGUAUAUGGCUGGUAUUGUGUCGUCUGAACACAUUGCCAAUGAAGAGGAACUCUUCUAUUACCUUCAGAUGGUUUUUGGAAUGAGUGAGAGCGACCAUGAUUCCAUUCUGAUACAUGUCAAAGAGUCAAAGGCUCCUCUCUAUGCUUUUAAAGUCACAGUUGUUCAGGCCAGAAACCUUCUUGCUAAAGAUGCCAAUGGUUUUAGCGACCCAUAUUGCAUGCUGGGAAUCAUGAUUGUGCAAAGCGCAAAAGAAACCGAGGAAAAGAAAGAGAGGAAAUUUAGCUUCAGAAAGAAGAAAGACAAAAUGGAGAAACGUUCAAGUAUAAGGGAAGUGCUGCCAGCAAAGUACAUCCAGGUCACCGAGGUCAAGAGCAAUACCUUGAAUCCAAUUUGGAAUGAAAACUUCCUUUUUGAGAUUGAUGAUAUUUAUACUGACCAGCUUCACCUGGAUAUUUGGGAUCAUGAUGACGAUGUGUCUGUGGCAGAGGCUUGCAAAAAGCUGAAUGAAGUUAGUGGUUUUAAAGGUAUGGGCAGGUACUUCAAGCAGAUAGUGAAAUCAGCGAGAGCAAACGGAACAGCUAGCUCUGCAGAGGACAAUGCGGAUGACUUUUUAGGAUGCCUUAACAUCGCCAUUAAUGAGAUUCCUGUUGGAGGACUGGACAAAUGGUUCAAACUAGAACCACGAACAAGUUCUUCAAAAGUUCAAGGCGAUUGUCAUCUUGUUAUAAAACUAAUCACAAACCAGAGGGACACGGUGCUAAGCAAGAAGGCAUCUGGCUCGGUGAUUCAUGAAAUGCUGCUCACCCAGCUGCUCCGGUAUGAACAUAAGCAGGCAGAGGUUGAUUUCUGGAACUGGAGGGGAGAAAUGAGCAAGCAUGCAUUCACACUUACAUCCCAUCACAGUAUGCAGAUGGACUUGUCCAGUCUACAGCAGGCUGUCAUAAAAUGGCAAGCUUUCAGCAAACACCACCAAGUACACCCCAUGGACUACAGUUAUCUGCUAGCACUGCUGAAGACUGUUGAAGAACAGUGGGAUCCUUCUAUGUGUCCAAAAGAGCUGGAGGAUAGCUUAGCUGAAAGUUUCAUGCUCUUCACAGAAUAUUGUCUCUUACUGCUGAAGAAGCUAAGGGACAAUUUCCCUGUCCUCAACACAACAGUCAUUAGACGCCUGGAAUUCAUGCUAAGGUGCCUCAGCCAAAUCCAAAAUAUGCAAGCGUUUAAGACGGUCUGCCCCUUUCAUAAUGAACUGCAUCUGGAAAUUGCAACUGUCUUAAAGAAAGGCACACUAGAAUGGUAUGAAAAGGCAUAUAUGUCCUGCAAACCUGAAGAAAAGAACGAUGUGGAUCAGCUAAGGUGUUUGGUAAAGUUGGCAGAUGCUGUCCAUGAAGACGUGGAGAAAAGCCAGAAUGUGUACAACAAGCUGUUUGUUGGCAUUGUCAAGGUGGAUUACUUUAGCAUCACUUACCGGCAGCUAGAAAAACUGGUGGCUGAUGAAGUGAGCAUUGUAAUGGAAAACCUAAAGACAUCAGAGCAUGAAGAGCCUCAUGUUACCCACAAUAUUGGGGAAAAGCUGUUUGAACUUUAUAUCAGUCUCAAUGAACUAAGGCGGUUUCGCGACUAUCUACCCUUAAAAGACAACAAGUCACUGGCUUUGACAGGGUUCCAUGAUUUGUUUAAAGUGUCCAUCCAUACAUGUCUACAGACUGUGCAUGAAAAGACCUGUGAGAGAAUACUUCGAGCAGUAGAGGCUGAUAAGCUUGAGUAUGUGGAUUCUCUGUCCAAGCACAGCAGUUCUGCAGUUGAUGUCACAAUCUGCUUCUCACAAAUCAAAGAGUUCUGGGCACAGCUUGCUUGGCCGAACUCCUCCGAGGCAUUUGUGUUUUUAACACAGCUCUCAGAUGAUAUAUGCAAAGCAGCAAUCUAUUAUUCAGAAGCUAUUAAGCGGAAUGUCGACAGAAGUCAUCAGUCAGCGGGGCAGGCUGUUGUCACAGAGCAGCUGUGCAUUAUCCUGAACAACAUUGAGCAUGUACGCAAAUUCAUGAGCAACGUCAUGAGAGACCUGGACUGCAAAUCUCUGGAGCCGGCAGUGGAACAACCGUGUGGGUCGGAAGUGAAGCAGCAAGUGCAGAAAGCAAUGAGCACGCAGCUGCAAAACAUUGACACAGACAUGCAGAGAGAAGCAAAGAACAUGAUCUCACACCUAACAGAGAAGAUGAUCGGUGAUAUCAAGAAAUACAUACAACACAUCAGUUUGUCUCCUGACUCGAUCCAGAAUGAUGAGGCUGUGUCUCCUCUCAUGAAAUAUCUCGAUGACAAAUUAAUUAUUUUGAGUGAAACUUUGGUGAAAGAAAACCUGUACAGGGUGCUUGAAGCCCUCUGGUGGCUUCUGCUGAAAUUCAUAAUUGAUGCUGUAGAGUCAAAUAGAGGCGUUUCAGUGGAGUUCUACGGACGAUUUUAUUACACACUUGAGGCUCUUGUUGACUUUUUCCAUGCAGAAGGACAAGGGUUACCACUGGACACCUUGCGGAAUGGAGAUUACCGGUUUUUGGAAGAAGAAUUGCGUUUAAAUAAAUGUUCAACAAGUGAACUGAUUGAGAAAUAUUACAUGGACAAUAUGAAGGAGCAGAGGUCAGCUGAGCACAGUAAAUAUGGAAGGAUUAGUGUGAAGUGCUAUUAUGAGACCUCAGAGCAGAAGCUCUAUGUGGAAGUGCUUCAUGCUGCAGAUCUUAUCGCACUUGAUGCAAACGGUCUCAGUGAUCCAUUUGUCAUCAUAGAGCUAUGUCCCAAUCACAUCUUCCCUUUGGUGAAAGGUCAGCGCACUCAAGUUAAAGCCAAAACUUUACAUCCAGUCUACGAUGAAUUGUUUUAUUUCUCAGUGUCAUCAGAGCAGUGUCGGAGAAAAGCCGCCUGCAUUGUCUUCACAGUCAUGGAUCACGAUUGGCUGUCCACAAACGACUUUGCCGGCGAGGCUGUCCUUCCUAUGAAUGUCAUCUAUGGACUGAACCGACCACACAUUACUGGUGGUGUGAAAAACGUCCAGCCAACUGUACUGAAGUUAACAAGACCUAAAGCCAAUGUGAAGUCAAUAUUGAAGAUGUUGGAUGGAAGGAUGGACAAAGAAGCACAAGAUUUUGUGAAGAAACUUCGAGAACUGGAGAAGUAUAUGGAAGAUGACUAAGUUAUGAUUUAAACUGUGAAAAACACACGUGUGUAAAUAUUGUUCCCCUCAGCUGCCAGGGGAGGUAGCACAGUCGUGCUGUAUUGUGCUAACGCCCCCUUUGGAAGGGGAAGUCUUCAAGCUUGAGUUUGAUAUGAUUAUUUGUUACCUGUUGGUAAGUUUUUGGUCUAUUUAUGAGAACUAAAGUUUUACAUAUUAAGUGUUGGAUGAAUAUUGUAUUGAUCGGUGUAUUAUGGAAUUCUAUUUUGUUAGACCAGCUGAGUAAAGGACUUUUUUCCCCCCAUAAGUCUAUUCGAUGGAAAUUCUGGAAUGCAUCGGUACCUAGAACAUGAUGACACCGUGCUGCCUGUGAACCUGGCACGGGUAUGACUUUACUGACAUCUGCUGGUCACU